UGCUCGCCAUCGUACCGAAAAGAGCAUUCAAUAAACAAACACUUACCCCCUGCGAAGUUGCCGGGUAAUAUCUACUACAUUUUCUACGAUCCAUUGUUUUUCUGUUUAGUUCUUCUCGGCUAGCAAGCAUCCCAGGAUGGAGGGCAGGGCAUCUGUGGGCUUUGAAUCAGAUUUCCAAUCGUCUUCUUCAAAUAUAUGGCCAGCAAAGAACCCAUUUUUUCCGGACACGGUCGAGGACGAUGAAGACGGAGACGACGAAGAAUCACAGAAGCUCGCUUGGCUAAAGAGCUGGUGGUUCAAGCGGCUCAUUCAAGUAUGUUCAGUGCUCAGUUUGAUAUCUAUGGCUAUGAACACUCCAGAAACAUUUCAGAAUAUUCCAAGCCUGUUUUAUGUUACACUUCUACUAGACUUUGCCCUUGCCACAGUGUUUACUGUCGAAAUGAUUGCUCAGAUUCGCAAAUUUAGCUUUAUUGUUGAACUGAGGGCAUAUUUGAAGCGACCUCAGUGUAUAUUCAACUUGAGCAUGCUUAUUUUAAUCGUUUUAUCAAUUAUACUACAGCUAGUUGAACUGACGGGUUAUAAACCCGAUCCGUACAUAAUAUUCUCAAUACCUAGAGCCCCAAGAGCUCUUAUUAUGGUUCGAGUGUUCAAGCUAUUUGUCAACUUUCGCUUGGAUAACGAAGUCUCGCGACGAUGCCGAAGACAAAUUUGGUCUGUGACAAUUUUUUUUCUUUAUUUUAUGACUCUCGCCUCGAUUAUUGGCGUUCAGAUGUUUGGUUCGAAGAAUUAUUACUGUGUUAGAAAUACCACUGAUUUGUCGAACGUCACCUAUUCAGAUCUACUUUUGCCCGAUGCCCGCUGUAGCAUAUCCCAUGAGAGAGGCUAUUUCUGCCCUAAUGACUUUUAUUGCGCGCAAAUCAAUCUGAAACCAUUUAUGGCCGAUCGUCGCUACUUCGACCAUUUCUUUUACAGUCUGCUAACCGUUUACACCAGUUCGACACAAGAAGGAUGGGUGUUAGUUAUGUAUCAGAUGAUGAAUGUCAGGUCUGAAGUCUUAGUCGUUAUAUACUUUGUGCUAAUGAUGUUUUUUAUUGCGUGGCUCGUCAAGAAUGUAUUUAUUGCUGUCGUAUCGGAGACAUUUGCUGACGUAAGAUCUCAGUACUCUAAGAGCCGUUCCUCGUCUCGAAGGCGUUACACGGGUCUUUCCUCCCUAGUGAUCAAAGACCAGGGCGCGGGCUGGCAUCUGGUUUCCGUGGACCACGAAGCGAGCAAAGGACACGCGCCUCUGCCCAUCCGAAAUAUCGUGGCGUCACGCUAUGCGCGCUGGUUUAUCUGGACUGCUGUGCUCGUGGACGCCUUAAUCCAAGCCAAUAACGGUUCAUGGCGAAGGCGAGCUCAGUUUGUGUUCACUAUUCUGUUUGAUAUAGAAGCUCUAAUCAAGAUCUGGUGCGUCGGCUUCCGGACUUAUCUUAACAGCUCAAGGAUGCAGUUUUUCGAGUUUAUACUGGCGGUAGGCAGUACAGUUUUUGCGUUGCCAGUUCUCAUGAGUAUAGACGCACUUGCGAUAUUUCACGUUAUGCGAGUUUUACGUCUUAUAGGCGCGGUCCCAGGACUUCAAGAUUUCUGUUUGAAGAUCUUUGGUACAGGCAAAAACCUCGGCAGCGUCAUCCUUUUUACUUUAUUCUUCGUUAUGGUUUCCUCGGCUAUAAGUAUGCAACUAUUUCUGACUCUAAAAGACGGAAGUGAUACUAUAUUUGGUACAUACCUACAAUCUCUCUCUUCCAUGUUCCAAAUAUUUACUCAAGAAGGUUGGGUGGAAAUUGUGGAGAAAUCAAUGAUAAGCGCAGAGGCAUAUGGCGCGGCACUUGUGGCGAUUUUUCUCAUAGCAUACCAUCUUUUCUCUUCUCUCAUAAUCAUGAGCGUGUUUGUGGCGGUCAUCGUUGAUAAUCUUGACAUCGAUGAAGACUUAAAAAUCAUGAAACAACGUAAAAUGGGUGAAGAGACUUCGGUGACGCACGAGAAAUUACCACUACGCUUGCGCGUUUACGAGCGCUUUAAAGAAGAUCCGAGGAUCGUAAAGAUGAGUCGUAUGAAGUUCGCGUCGGACUUUCCUACACCAAAGAUUCGUGAGAGUUUCAUGAAACGCUUUGUAAACACUGAGAAUGUUGAUGACAUGCCGAUUGAUUUGUCCAUGUCUGUACCUGGCGACAGUACAGUUUCAUCCAAUGUGGGAAGUCGUAGAACCGCACUGAGCUUGCCUGUCAAGUUACUGAACUCUUCUAUGCCGGAAAUGAAUCGCUCUACCAGACUGUUCCGAAAACAAUCCACGAUUUCAGCGCUAAUAAACGACUCAAAUCAUCGCCGCACACUCGCUCAGAUCGCACCUUCUGAAAUCAACCCAAGAGGCGGAGCAAAGGGUGCUGGUCUUCGCAUGGCAUCGCGACGCAUUCGCACUGCGCGCACUGGUCGAGGAGCUGUGACCGAGGCAGACGUCAAACGUGCCAUGGAAAUGGCGAAUCGCGGAGGCAAGAAUCUCCAAUCACAGAUAAGUCAAGAUGAAGCACCGGUCCGCCGCGAUUGGGAUAUCCAGUCAGUACGGGAGAAGCGCGAACAAGCAGCCAGCAAACGGCGAAUGCAAGAGGAAACCCUCCGGGAAAACCACCCAUUCUUUGACCAGCCUCUCUUCAUGCUUCCACGUGACUCGUGGCUACGUUCUUUUUUAAAAAGUGUCGUACACGCGCGUUACACGAUACCACCUGGACACAUUGAGCGCGCCACGCGUGGGCGACUGAUCACCAUAGAAACCAUUCAUAAAAUCAUAGCAACGCAGACGUACUUGGAAUGGACUAUGGUUUUCCUGACGCUUGCCUCGUGCCUCGCCAUGAUGACUGAGACACCACAAGUGCGCACCUUUGAUAACAUCGCUACCAGCGCCUUCGAGCACAUCUUCGUGGUCGGAAUGAGUUUGGAGCUCGGAAUACGAAUUCUCGCCGACGGACUGGUGUUUACUCCAAAAGCAGUUAUACAGAAUUUUGGAGGUGCUCUUGACAUCAUGAUCUAUCUUAUCAGCCUCAUCUACAUAUGCUGGCAGCCUAAGAGCGUUCCUGUGAACUCCGGUGCACAGAUGUUGAUGAUCUUCAGAUGUCUGCGUCCUCUGCGCGUCCUCACAUUGAUGCCCAAAAUGAAGAAAGUCAUUCUUGAACUUGUCGGAGGCUACAAGGAAAUCCUCAAGGUAUCGGCCCUUCAGUUAAUUCUUAUGUUCUCCUUUGCUAUCUACGGCGUUCAAGUAUUUUCUGGGAAACUUGGUCGAUGUAGUGAUCCUUCGAUAACUGUAAAGUCAGAUUGCAAGGGACUGUUUUAUGUGCAACUAGCGGAUCCCCGUGAGGUAACGACUCUGUCAGGUAAACCGCCAUCUAUGCUGGUACCGCGUGUCUGGAAGAAUCCACGCAACUUUAGCUUCGAUGAUGUUCUCCAGGCGUUUCUCGCUCUUUUCGAGGCCCUGUCUUUGGAAGGAUGGCUCGAGAUCCGGGAUGUUAUCGACUAUGCAGUUGGCUCUGAGUAUGGCUUCUACGUCCACACAUACGUGCUACUUGGUAGUAUGAUUGGACUGACGCUCUUUGUCGGUGUUGUUGUUACUAACUUCAAUCAACACAAAGGGAUAGCGUUGCUCACUGUAGACCAAAGAAGAUGGCAAGACCUGAAGAAACGCUUGCGGCUGGCCCAACCUCUUCACCUGCCACCACGCCCGGAUGAUAAUGGCAUCCGAAAGACCCUCUAUGAUCUUGUACAGUCCGUCAUCUACCGCCGAGUUGUAGCCGUAGUGGUACUGGUUGAGUGUGGAACCCUGGCAGUCGGGCAGUGGACCACGGUGGACGCACCAGUCCGUGAAGUCAUUACUAGCACUGCAGCUGUUUGCACACUUCUCUUUGUCAUCGACACCAUACUGAAGGUCAUCGCGUACACUGGACCUGGUUACUGGCACAGUCAAAGGAACCGAUUUGAUGUGUUCCUCACCAGUCUCGGAUUGAUAUGGGUAGUCUUGAAUUUUUCUCUGAAAGGCAACGAGAAAGCAUACACAGUGGCUACCAUCUUCGGCGUUGUGAUCAUCAUCUUCCGAUUCCUGACGCUGUCCGGUAAACACGACACGCUUAAGAUGCUCAUGUUGACUGUAGUAAUGAGUUUAGUCAAGAGUUUCUUUACCAUCGCAGUACUUGUCAUCCUAAUGAUGUGUUACUCGCUUAUGGGAGUAAUUCUUUUCGGUACCGUGAAGUACGGCGAGGCCGUCAACAGGUAUGCGAACUUUGGCACAAGUUUCAAUGCAAUGAUUCUGCUAUUCCGUGUCACUACUGGUGAAGACUGGAACAAGAUCAUGCAUGACUGUAUGGUAGGAGAACCAUACUGUACCCCUGCGGAAAACUUUUGGGAAAGCGAUUGCGGAAACUACGCGGCCUCCUUGAUCUUCUUCAUGUCAUUCUACAUCGUGGUGAGUUUCAUUUUGCUUAACGUGUUCGUAGCCGUAAUUAUAGAGAACUUUUCACUGUUCUACGCUAGCGACGAAGACUCUUUACUGAGUAACACAGACUUGCGCGAUUUUCAGAUGGCUUGGAAUCUAGUUGAUAAAGGUCGUAAAGGGGUCAUGUCCGUUCCUCAAGCCAAGCUCUUUAUGCGUGUCUAUAUCUUCUUCAAGCAAAAUAAUUUCUUAAAGGGUCGCCUAGACAUGGAUAAUCGGACUGUUCCUUUUAGACAUAUGUGCUGUGAGAUCGAGAAACUCCGUAAUGGUGGCGAUGUGUCAUUUCACGAUGUCUUGGGAAUCAUCGCGUACCGCAGCGUUGACAUUUCGCGUAGCUUACAACUCGAGGAGCUACUCGAGCGUGAGGAACUUGAGUACACCAUUGAACAAGAAGUCGCCAUACAAACAAUAAGAGACUGGUUCAUGAAGUUACGCCUCAAACGCGAGUUGGCGAGGCAGCAGCGAGAGAAGCGUAACAGUCCAGGUGCCUCAAGUAACGAGAGUAUCUCUGAUGCCGUCGAAGAUGCCGAGGAUCACGAACGCGAUCGAACCAGCAGCGGCGACGAGGCUGAACGGGAGAAGGAGAAAGAGCCUGACCAGGCCACUAAAUAUCGAACAUCGGGAGGCUUUCUUGAUGCACCACCGUCUUUGUUUGUCAUACCUCCGUCGUCACCUCCGAAACAUCGUAACGUUUCAGCCUCGAGUGUCGAUCGACCACUGUCUUCACCUCGCAAGACACAGUCCGUGACCUUUCCGUCAUUAGUCGUGGAACCGUCGUCACCUGGCCCGAGCGUUCGGAUACGGCAAAAGAGUAUGCCUGAAAUCAAGGAGAACUUCGAAGUUGAGAACUGGUUUUCUGAGCAAAUGAGAAAGGAUAUUUAACGAAUGAAAUUAGACAAUCAAAAGGCGUUCAAUCGCCGAUUUUCUGACUCUGUACUGUAUAGACCCUUUUCACGAAAAAUGCAACAGACUGGCGGGGCACAACUGAUCUAAAAUGGCGUACGAAAUGGAGUUCAUAGACGAAGCUAUAGAAAAUGCUGACAGAGUGCUUCUUUCACAGAGUUUUGGAUUCAAAUUCCGCUCCGUCUACAUUUUGGAUCAGCUGUGGCCCGCCAGUCUGUGGCCUUUUGGAUGCGUACGCAGCAACGUGAAAAUGGUCUAUCAGAGUACAAUACUGAAGACCUGCUCACUCCACUAAGCUAAUGAACGUGAGGUAGCAAGCCAUACAAAUAAUCUCAACGGAAUUAACGAUUAGGAAAACAUAGCGCCACGGGUUGCGUAGAUGAAAAUGUAGCAAAGUACAAAGAUCAAGUAGACGCAUUGUGUGUGUGCAACGAGCAACACAAACCUGUUUUCGUAAUCGUCACUAACUUGUGACAGUGGAGCAUCUUGUAUAUAGACUAUACAAAAAAAGCAGAAUUUAUAUAUACAUAGUAGUACUUUUAUGUAAAUAUUUACCAAUUAUACCAUUUCCAUUGA